AUGGAGCAAAGAGAAGAACAAGUCGAGAAGGACAGAAUAGGAGGGAACAAUCUCACUGGAACAGCCAACAUCCCCCCAUCACUGCGUUUCGGCUGUCUUCUGACAGCGGAGCUUACCCACUGCCUGGAGUCCUGGACUCAGCCAGGCAAUGGAUACCCUCGUCCCGUACGAACCAUCAAGACACUUUCAUUCUGCACGACAAUAGAAUUGCCAGAGACUGAGGGGAGAAAAGUCUGGAGGAGGAAACCCGAAUGCGAGAAAUCCGAAAUCUGCGGCCGAGAGGCUUCUGGUCCUCACUUUGGACCGAUCCGUACGGAAACACCUCCUGCUUUCUACUCUCCUCGGUGCAGGGCCUCAGCCAUUGUACAAGCUUCCCAUGUUGGGCAGUCUACUUUGACGGCAGCCGAUCAUGUCCACCACAGAAAGUCAACAGAAACUUUCGUACAGGCUGACUUCCUGUCCGCCUUGAACUCCAAAGGCCAAAGCAACGCUCAAACUAGCAACCAGGGGUUCCCCAGCAUCGUCAACCCAACUCUGACAAUCCGCCCAGCCCAACACUCCUUUCAGACAUUGUCAUCGGCCAUGUUUGAUGUCCGUGGACAGCAAAAUGACCCCCGGGCUUAUCUGGGGCAGAAGAGAGAAGCAAAACAAAAGUCCACCUCACUCAAUCUUCGGACCCGAACAAAGACGAUGGAACUAGUUCUUCAUAAAAAAAAAAUCGACUCAUCAUGGGUUAUCCACUGUCGGACCGCGGGGUUUACAACUUCCCGUCCCGCCCUCCGUCACAAACGCCGGGAUCAUAAUUCGAUUUCCAACCACUUAGCGACCCCCUUCUCUGUCGCGCAAACAACGCUGUUUAACGGUCAACCUGAAUCACCCCUCGACCCGCGCCAUAGCCCGCCUGAUAUUCCCAAACUGGAACAUGCACUGUGGGUCGCCGCGGCGUGGACUCUCGGGAUCGAAGCAUAUCGUAGGGCGGACACAUUCAGAUGGUUUUCCGUCCAACCCUGCUUCAUCCUCAUCCUACCUGCACCAGUAAGCCUUUACCCGCCAGAGUUGGUUCCUCGUCUAUACUACAAUCUGGGGGUGUGCGGUUUGUGCGUUGGGUGCGUCUUUGCGCAGACCGUUGGCUUUUGCGCCCUGCCACUUGCCAGCCCGCCGCCGCAGAUGCAGAACCAUCGAAACCACACACCCUCCCCCUGUCACCCCUUGAUCGACCAACAAGGAUCACGGAUGCUCCAGUGGGACCUUUGUCCAGAACCAGAAUUGACCAAGACUCUACCAAGUGGCUUAGAGAUGAGGGGCGUGACGACGCCUGACCGACUGCUCGCCCGCCUUCUCGGCGGACUUUGA